CAGCGCGCGCCGCUCGCAGCCGCCUUUUCUGCCACCAACUGCGUCUCUCACUCGCGGCGCCGGCACAGCGACAGGCGCCCCGCGCUUGCCUCCUCCCCGGCCGGGCCGCCUCCUGCAGGCAACGCUCAGUCCGCGCGGGGAGCUCAGCCCGGCGCCCCGCCUCGGCGCCCAUGACCAGCGACUUCCAGAAGUCCUGACGCCCCAGGUGAGCGGCCGAGUUCCCCAGGGAACUUUGAGGAUGUGGGGAGAAGGAUAGCCAGGGGACGGGUCUUUCCAGAAGAGGAGAAAUGGAGCCAAGCUUGACUCCGACCCUCCACUCCCCCCAUACACACACCCUAGUCUCUCCUCCCAGACCCCCUUCGCAGGGGUCUCUGGGCUCCAGGGCUCUCCAAGCUUCGCAAUGGCAGAAACUUCGCUUUCAGCACCACGGACAGCGUAUCCACUGCCCAGCUCCCUGGAAAGGUCCUGGUCGCGCAGCCACAACCCGGGCGGCACUCUCCCAGGAUGACACUCCUAGCUGGUGCACUCGUAUGCGUGUGCAAAUACAGGCAUCCUUGGAGAAUUGAUCCGUGUGCAUGUGAGUGCAUGUUGUCCUGGUGCAUAUUUGUGCAAAAACUCAGAAGUCCGCAUGGGUAUUUCACUCACUUACUCAACAGGGUGCAAAUCCGGCCGCAAUGAACGCGAGUGCCGCCUCGCUCAACGACUCCCAGGUGGUGGUAGUGGCGGCCGAAGGAGCGACGGCGGCGGCCACAGCAGCAGGGGGGCCGGACACCGGCGAAUGGGGACCCCCUGCUGCGGCGGCUCUGGGAGCCGGCGGCGGAGCUAAUGGGUCUCUAGAGCUGUCCUCGCAGCUGUCGGCUGGGCCACCGGGACUCCUGCUGCCAGCGGUGAAUCCGUGGGACGUGCUCCUGUGCGUGUCGGGGACAGUGAUCGCUGGAGAAAAUGCGCUGGUUGUGGCGCUCAUCGCAUCCACUCCGGCGCUGCGCACGCCCAUGUUCGUGCUGGUGGGCAGUCUGGCCACCGCUGACCUGCUGGCGGGCUGUGGCCUCAUCUUGCACUUUGUGUUCCAGUACGUGGUGCCCUCGGAGACUGUGAGUCUGCUCACGGUGGGCUUCCUUGUGGCUUCCUUCGCCGCCUCUGUCAGCAGCCUGCUGGCCAUUACGGUGGACCGCUACCUGUCCCUGUAUAACGCGCUUACCUAUUACUCGCGCCGGACUCUGUUGGGCGUGCACCUCCUGCUUGCCGCCACCUGGACCGUGUCCCUAGGCCUGGGGCUGCUGCCCGUGCUGGGCUGGAACUGCCUGGCAGAGCGCGCCGCCUGCAGCGUGGUGCGCCCGCUGGCGCGCAGCCACGUGGCGCUGCUCUCCGCUGCCUUCUUCAUGGUCUUCGGCAUCAUGCUGCACCUGUACGUGCGCAUCUGCCAGGUGGUCUGGCGCCACGCGCACCAGAUCGCGCUGCAGCAGCACUGCCUGGCGCCACCCCACCUCGCCGCCACCAGAAAAGGUGUGGGUACGCUGGCUGUUGUGCUGGGCACUUUCGGCGCCAGCUGGUUGCCCUUCGCCAUCUAUUGCGUGGUGGGCAGCCACGACGACCCGGCGGUCUACACUUAUGCCACCCUGCUGCCCGCCACCUACAACUCCAUGAUCAAUCCCAUCAUCUAUGCCUUCCGCAACCAGGAGAUUCAGCGCGCCCUGUGGCUCCUGUUUUGUGGCUGUUUCCAGUCCAAAGUGCCCUUUCGUUCCAGGUCCCCCAGUGAGGUCUGAAGGGCUCGCUCCGUGUCCUCUCACCAACACCACACCCCCAACAAGCCAGCCUUUGGUAAGCUUGGUGCCUGCUGAUGAACUCUGAGAUCCCAAUGGUGUGAGUCUGACUGUGGAAAGAAAAAGGGACUAAAGAAAAAUUCAACAAACUCACAAGGACAAAGAGGCUUGUUGGCACUUUACAUAUACAGUGUAUACAUGUGUACAUAUAUAUACAAAUAUUUGUAUCUUCUGGAGGUGUUCAGGAUGUGGAGCUUCCUAUUCUGUGAAAAAACAAGAAAAAGAUAUGAUUGUAUACUCAAAUUGUACAUCACAUUUGUCAAACGAAGACAUUCCAAUACUGCUUAAUUACAGCACUUUAUUUUUAGCUGCUGAACUGCCAAAACAGUGUUGCCAUUUUCAAGGGCAGAGAAAAGGGAGUAAAAGGUGUAUUUUUGUUGUAUGUGAUAGAAUAUUUUGCUGCACAUGCAUCAACAAAUUACAACAUAUUUUGUACACGAAUAAACCCAUUACAAGAAUGUAA